AUAAAUUACACAUAAUGUGUAGCGGAAAACUUCAUUUAUGUAUGUUAUAUAUACAACAAUACCGUCAUUUACUCGUGUAUCACUGAUUUGUAUGCCCUUUUGAAAACAUUGAUAUAGAAGGCAAUGGCAUCUGUUGACUCAAGUGCAGCAGAAACAGAACCACCGACUGCUUUUAAAGAAAUGACUGCUGAAGCAGUGGAAAACUAUACACAAGCUCAGAUUCCUGUAAAUAACUUUCCUUCUGCAGUUACUUUGCGAAGACAAAUAACCUUCGAAUGCCACGACAACGACUACUUUGAAAUUAUAGACUGUGCAUUCGUUGGCUUAAAUGUAGUUUUUCCUGAUUACAUUAAUGACAGGUUAAUUAUCAGUAUGGUAGAAAGUAAUGACAUCCGAUAUUUUGGUAUGGACUACCGACCAAAAUAUAUAACAGGAGUCAACAAUAACACCGUGGCAGUAGGAUGUACAAGAUACGUUAUACAAAUAAUAGAUAUAUCAAAUGACACUGUUGUACGGACAUUUCCAACCAGUGGUGAAUGCUAUGGGAUAUCAUGCAGCGAAGAUACAUUAUAUGUUGAUGCUAGUAAUAUAGUAGUGAUGGAUCUUAUGGGUCUCGUGUUGCGCACCUUUCCAAAGCCUGGUAUUGAUCUCGGUUAUUUGACAGUAGACGGAGACAGGUUUUUCUUUUGUGACGGAUUUACGCUAUUUUGUUGUGAUUUAAGCGGUAAUGUUAAAUGGGAAUUUGACAAGGAAGGCUAUAAGGAUAUUUACGGCAUGGCAACUGAUUCGAAGGGAAAUGUUUAUUUAGCUAAUGCUGAUAGUGAUAGAAUUGUGGUUAUUUCCCCUGAUGGCAGACUUCAUAAGGAUAUACUGACAAGAUUUGAUUCACUUGAAUCACCAAUAUCACUUGACUUUGACAAAAAGGAAAACAGAUUGGUCGUUCGUACCACUGCUAAUGAGAGCGCUUUUAUAUUUGAUGUUGCAUAUUAAGAAGGUU